AUGCAUAAUAAUAUUAUUUCCAUUCUCAUUCUUAUUUUUAUUUUUACCAUUGGAAGUAAUUUAGAAAAAUAUGGAUUUUUCUUUCGUGAUAAUAUAUAUGAAGUAAAACUAAAUAUAAAAGGAGACAUUGUAAGUGCAUCAAAUUUAAAAGUAUAUUGUUUCAUUGGAAAAAAAUACAAACAUUCUAAUUUUUCAUCAGUUCCAUUUCAUGCAAGGACAAAUAUUUCUUAUCUUUAUGGGAUAAAAUUAAAUGACUCUAAAAAUGAUUAUGUAUUUCAACAUGAAGGAACAUCGUUCAAUUUGAAUCAAACCAUUAAAAGAAGUAUCUAUGUUCAUCCUGAUUGUAAUACGCAUAUUAGUUUUUUUAGUGGCAUAAAGGACUGUGAUGGUCCUCCAUCUUUUGUGGCACUUUUUGCAACUGGACUAACAAAAAAAUUAAAAUAUGGUGUUGAAAAUUUAAGUAUAAAUGUUUUUAUAAAUUUGAAAAAAAGUUCUAAUGUUAAUAAAAAAAUGAUGAAUAAAACUGAAACUUUUGACGACAUUAAAUUAAAUAUAUUCAAUAUAUCAAUUAAUUAUUCUGAAUUUUAUAGUAUGAUUGAUGUUUUGAAUAUUUUUAAAUUAAAAUCUAAUGAAGUCAUCCAUGAUUCAAUAUCAAUAAGAGAUCCUAUUGAUUAUAUACUAAUGAAAAACAUUUAA